AAACGUCAACCUGCUGUGUAACUGCCCACGCCUUGUUUGGGAAAGUGUUUUAUUACUGUAACACCAGUGGUUUAUCCAACAAGCAGGACUAAAAGAGUAUCCGGACAAAGGAAGCUGUUCCAGACCACAGAGCUGUCCUCAACACACAAGUUCUGAGCACGAAGUACCGAGACAACCAAGCAAGAAAGAAUGAAGCUGCCACUUUCCUUUGCCAUGAUCAUCUUUAUGAUCACUGCAGCAAUUUGGCCAGUUCCUGAAACUGAAGCAGCAAGAGCUGCACAAUGUGAGAUGUACCAGUUACCUGGAUGCCCACGAGAUUAUGAUCCUGUGUGUGGAACUGAUGGAAAGACCUAUCCUAAUGAAUGCAUGCUUUGUUAUGCAACCAAGGACACUGCACAGAAAGUGCAGGUUGAGACAAAAGGAGAAUGCUGAUCCUCCCAAGGAAUCCACACAAAUUGACAUAUAUUGGGGCUUUUAAGAUGAUUGCUUCAAAUAACUAAGUAUAGAAAAUGCUUCUUCUUAGUUGCCAUCUUAAAACAAAAAGAGCCUUCAAAGCAGCAAAUAUAGCUUGUUAUAGCCUGACUUGCAUGUCAGCAAACCUGCCAUCUUCAUUUUGUUAUUUAAUUGCUUUCUUUCUAUGACUGAAAUAUUUGUUCUUAAAAUGUCUUCUCUUAAAGCUGUCUUUAGCUACUGCUAUCAGUUCAAUGUAAUCACCACCAUAGGAUUUAUAAAGAACAAAUAAAGAAAAGGUGCUGGAGAAAUUAAA